AUGAAGAGUCCUUCAACGAAUAAGAAAAAAAGAUCAGCUUCAUCAACUGACGAUAGAUCAAAACAAAUCAACCACAAAAAACGAAAAUCAGAUCAAAACAAUCAAGAUACCAUCAUAACCACCGAAGAAAUACCAAUCCCAAAUAGCCCCGACAAAGUUCUUAGUCAAGUGGAGAAGGAAACAACGACACCUAGCGUACCUAAGACAUUACUUGAUCAGAUUGAUAUGACCAAACCUUAUCUUUCGGAAGAACAAGUUGGAAUUCAAUGUUAUAUUAAUCAACAUUUACCUUCGUUUUCUGCUAUACUUAAACAUCGAUUUACGGAUUUUUUGGUUUAUGAAGUAGAUCGAUUUGGUGAAAUUGUUCGAUUGAAAGAGAUUGAGAACCCUUCUAAAGAUAAAGAAGUAGGAAAUACUCAAGUUUCUAAAGGUCCCAAAGAGGUUGUUGAUGUAAAGGAAUGGCCAGUGGAUUGUGAUGAGAAAUUGAUUGAGAUUCUUGGGAAUGAGAAAUUUGAAGAAUUGAAAGGGUUUGUGGCUCGGGGUCCUAUUGGUUCUAAAAGAAAUGAUGACCGAUCGAAGGGAUUUAAGAACAAGCGUCAAGAUGGAAAAAGUGAUCAAAAAUCUAAUAGUAACGAUGAUGUAUCUAAGGCCGAUGAAUCUGGUCCUGCGAGAGAUGAAGGUCAACAGCCUAACGAAUUAUCCAAAGAAGAUGUUUCUCCUUCAAAACCCCCUCAAGCCUCGGCACCUACUUGCCUUCUAUCAGAUCCUAUCGAUUGUAAAGAACAGCGUAAAAAGUUUCAUCAAAUCUUUCGUGAAAGUUUUCAAGGACGAUUGGUAACCGAACAUAAAGAAUUGGAAAAUGGAGAAGCAGUGAUCCAAAUCAAAUGGUCAUCACCUGGUCAACAUCAAGAAAGAAGACUUCCAGAUACAAAUCCUGCUUAUAUUCAUUUCACAUUACAAAAAACAAAUCGAGAAACACAAGAAGCCUUAUCGAUUUUAUCUAAUUUAUUAUUUUCGAAAAACGUUUCAAGGGAUUUCGGGAUCUGUGGUACGAAAGAUAAAAGAUCAGUUAGUUGUCAAAGAGUUAGUUAUAAGAGAGGUAGAAAAGAUAUCCAACAAGUUUGGUCAACUGUUAAUCGGAUUAAGAAGAAUCAAAAGGUACAUGGGUUUAGUGAACGUGGUGAUAAAGGGAUUCGAAUUGGUGAUUUGACGUAUGAAGAUCAUCCUCUGAAGUUAGGUGACUCGAAGGGCAAUCGAUUUGUGAUCAUCUUACGUGAUGUGAUCCCAGCAAAACCUACCGUUUUAAAAGAAGCAGUUCAAUCACUUUCAACCAGUGGAUUUUUGAAUUAUUUUGGAAUGCAACGAUUCGGUACCACAGCCGUUGGAACUCAUUUGAUUGGAUUAAGUUUACUUAAAGCUGAUUGGGAUUUAGCCAUUGAUUUGAUCAUGAGAAAGAAAUUAGGUGAAAGUCAAGAUGUUGAACAUGCUCGUUCGGUUUGGGAACAAAGUCAAGAUGCUAAAGCUACUUUAGAACUUAUGCCAAGAAGAUGUGUUGCUGAACGAUGUAUAUUACAAUAUUUCAGUAAAAAGGAUGGACUCACUGAUAAGGUUGGAGCUUUGGCUAGCAUCCCCAAGAACUUGAAGAUGAUGUAUAUUCACGCCUACCAAUCUUACAUAUGGAACCAUGUCUUAUCAGAAAGAGUGCGGUUGUAUGGGUGUGAUAAGCCUGUUGUUGGAGAUCUAGUCGCCGUAACAACCGGCGGAAAUGAUGUUGUAGAAGUAGCAUUGGAUGGUGACGAUGAGACUGCAACAACCGAAAAAGAUAAAGUCCCACCGGUGAAAGUGCUAAACGAUGAAGCUGAAUGCAAAUCAUACACUAUACAAGAUGUUGUAUUGCCUUUGAUCGGAUUCAAGAUUGAAUAUCCUAAAGGUACAUUAGGUCAAAUGUAUCUCGAUAUGAUGAAACGAGACGGUCUAGACCCUGAAAAUCUUCGUCGUGGUCAAGCUGAAUACUCCAUGGCCGGUGCAUACCGAAAGAUUUUACACAUGCCAACUGAUGUGAAAUUUGCACUAUACGAGUAUGAAGACCCGGAAUUACCAUUAAGUUUUGCAGAUGAAGAUAAAUUGAUUGGAAUGAAAUUACCUGAACCUAAAGAAUGGACUUCAACCGAUGAAGCCAACGAAGAUUGUAAGAAGAAUAUGGCAUUAAAAGUUGAAUUCACUUUAGGUAGUUCGGCUUAUGCUACUAUGGCCUUAAGAGAGAUUUUAAAGAGUGAUACUGGAAAAGGAGCACAAACUAAGAUGACUGAUAGGAUGAGAGAAAGAAUGGCUUAUAAGGAAUCGUGA